AUGGUGAAGCGCGGGACCAAGGCGCGGCGCUCGGGCUCCGCCGUGGACCAGCUGCAGGCGGCGUUGACGCGCUCACUGAAAGAGAGCGUAGCGGAGACUGUGAGCUCCGUAUGCGAGAGCUUCCAGCACGCAGUCGAGGCGCAGACGACUUCGCCUGCGUCCACAGAAGAAAGCGGAGGUUAUGACCAGUACUUCAAUACCUGCCGCCGCCUGGUGGACUACAUUAAGAAGCACAUGGAGGCCUCUCCGGGUUUCGAAGACCAGAUGGACCGCAUUAUCCUGGCCUGCCACAGCGGCGCCACGGAGCGUGUGCUCAACUCGGUGGUGACCAAGGGACUGUGGUUCCAUCGACGCGGAGACGCCCCACCCGCGCAGCGCGAGACACGCAGCCAUAGCAUCGGCCGGGGGUCGAUGUCCAAGAAGAAGGUGAAAAGAGAGGCGUCUGUGCCCCGAAUGCCCACCCGAGCGUCCACCGAGUCUCCUGCCAUGCACACGAGAAGUGCAUCUGGCAGUAAGAGAGCCACGAGAGGCAGCCCACAGGAUGUGCAACCUGCAAAGCGACCACGUCGUGCAGCGAGGAAGGUGAUUCAGGACAGCUCGGAUGAAGAAGAAGAAGAAGAGGAGAAGCCGGUGGCGUGUACGACUAGGAACCAAAAGGAGACGGAGGAAGACGAUGACACGUUGCUGUCUUUCAAAGACGCUAUUGGCGAGCUGUGCUACCCUGACCUACGCACUCCUUCCGAGACUAAGUUCUUUAAGGAACGUCUACGCAAGUCCAUCCAGUUCGUGGACGCUCUGCUGUGCAAACCUCCGCUUGGCAAAGUGUGUGGACGUGGAUGCAAGAAGAUCCGCUCGCAGAUGUGCAGCAGCUCGACACCCUGUAAGAACAAAAUGUGUCGUAUUUGGCACGACGUGGAGGCGCACACGGAUCGCUGUCAGAACCAGCAGUGCGAGUUUAAGAACCGGAUUUUGCUUCGAGAGACGAUGCACAAGUUGGAGAUGAAGGACCAGCAGAUCGCAGAGACCAAGGCAGAUCUAGAACGGAAGCACACUCAGCUGAAACAAGGUGGCGUCAACGAUAAGGCUCUGAUGAAAGCUAUUGCUAGAUUGGGGCAAGAACUCGACGAGUGCGACGGCGAGCUUGGAGUUCUGGAGGCGACUAAGAAGACGUUCUGGGUCUCUUUGAAUGAAAUCGGCAUCGAAGCGAAAGAUGAUGUCGUCGAUAACUUUCCGGACUUUGCCACGCACUAUGAGGAUAAGAAGACACCGCACAAGGCUCGAAAGGCUGUGACUGCUUCUGCCACUCACCCUUCUGCUGCAUCGAGUCGAAGCUCGCGUGAUGCUGUUCGACAUGAUACCAACGACGCUGACGAGAGUGGAAAUGAUCAUGCAGCGCGAAGAAGCACGUCAAGUGGACGUCGCAGCCCCGCACCAGAUAGCGACGAUGAGACUAAGGGUGGCGAGGAAGAGAUGAGUGAUGCUGACACGUAUCAUCCUGCCCCGAUCGCCUUCCCUCGACCAGAUGAGCCGCCACUUCCGCCUGCUGGUCCUCCGCCAUUCCGACAGAACCCUGAAUUUGACCGGGAGUAUUCUGUGCAUGCUUCCGGCUAUUCGAUUCACCCACCGGUCGAUGAUCUCGAGGCUCCAGCACCUGUUAACACGACUGGGUUUACCAUUCGCGGCAGCCAGCCGCAAAACCCGUAA